CACAUACACGUGUCCCGUAAGUUCGUCGAUUUACCGGCUGCUGUCUCGAUGGUCCUCCCAAGCCUUAGCCUCGGACUGCCAACGACUCAGCUGUUGCUCUCUUUUCUUUCCUUAUUAAUCAUCAUCACCCUUUUGUCUCUCCUCCUCUGAGCUUUUUAAAUCUUCACUGAACUGUACCUCAAAUUAUCAACGCCCACGUGUACAAUUUGAUCGAGACAUUUGAAUGGCGGCGGUUGUCGGAGCAAGGUCGUCGACGUUGAAUCCGAACGCGCCGAUAUUCAUCCCAGCGGCGUUUCGUCAAGUCGAGGAUUUCUCUCCGGAAUGGUGGGAGCUAGUCAAGACGUCCACUUGGUUCCGUGAUUACUGGCUCAGCGAGCAUCAGGAGGAGGGUUUCGCGGCGGAUGACGAAGACGACGACGUGGAUGUAGCCAAUUUGUUACCGGAAUCUUUCGAGCUCGGGUUCGAUGAAGAGUUGGUUGAUCUUGAUGCUCAGUUCGAGGAGUUCCUCGAAUCCGAAAGUAGAGAAAAAACAGAAGCAAAGAAGGAUCGAAACGGUGUUGGAAUGAAUCCCAAGGCUUUAAUAAGGAGUUUGAGCAUGCCUAAAUCCCCGAGGGAGAGAGGUACGAGGUAUUUCGAGAAGCCAGCGAAGUACGUAAGUUCCAGUCCCAAAGCCAGAUGCAGUCCGCGACGAAUCCAGCAACCUCGUUGAGACAACAUCCUCCUCACUGUCACUGACAUGAGUUAGCAUUAUCAUCUAGUACGAGGAGUUUCUUCUUUUUAGGUCAAAGUCUUUGACCAUAGGAGCUUACAGCUUUUGAUAUGCUGUUGUUGUUUUAACUUUAACACGUUUGUCUUUGGCUUUACUUUUGUCUUUCUGCUUUUUGCGAGGUUAUGUACAAAUGUAUGAAAGUGUUAUACGAAUCUAAAUAAAACUUUGUUUGCUUCUUUUUUUUAA